AUGUUGGUAUUCACUUUGAAAGUUAUGUGUAUUGCAUCGGAUGUGCCGUCAAUGGCAUCUGAUCAACGUCAAUAUCGCACGACAAAUGGUAUAAAAACAAAUAAUUUUAAUAAUAACAACAAUAAUAAUAAUAGUUCAUCGCCCAUUAUAUCUCGAAAAGUUGUUGUAAAUGAUUAUGAUAUCUUUCCGUCAAAUAAUCCGACCACCAAUUAUACUGCUAUUCCAUCUACAAAUGGGAAGUAUUUAAAGUCCAACACAAUGCCUUCAGCGUCAAAUAAAACUUUACCAGCAACCGUUAAUCAUUACCAAAACGAAGAAACAAUUGCGUCUGGUUAUGAAAUGGGGAACAGUCAUGAUGAAAAUUCAAAUCCUGUUGAUAAAGAAGCAUUAAAACGAAUGAACAAGUUUUCUAUACAAAAAAUAUUACGUCAAGGUUUUACAUCGUGGCGUACACGUAAGAAACAACAUCAACUUCCAUUAACACCGCCACCAUUACAACACCAACCAAAUUUCACACCUAUUGGCAACACAUCAUCACCUCCACCAACUACAUUACGUUCAUUAUCGGUCGAUAGUAUUGUUGCAUCUACGCCAACAGCAAAAACGAUAACUCCACAACAUCAACGAAUUAUCAUUUCAGAAAAAGUAACACCACAAGCUCCUAAUAGUGUUAUAACGACGAAUGAAUCACCAAAAAAUCGUUAUAUUCAAUCCCCAUGGACAACUACAAAUAAUAGUAAUAAUUCACCAAUACUUGUCAGUACGACAGAACAACAGCAGAGAGUUUUACCUGUACAUUUUCGGGAUACCAACAAUAACUCAUCGCCAACAGUGACGAAAAAACAACCUGCACCAAUCUCUCCACCACCACAUCCAUCUUCAUUUAAAAUAUCAGAAUCGUUGACAGAUAUGAGUCCAACCGUAUCGAUUACACCAACAACAAUUCCAACAACAAAUACGUUAACAGCUACGAAUAUAGGUCCGAGAAUUCCUCCUCCUGUUGCACCAAAACCAGACUCAAACCGUUUAACGCCAAUUCGAACAAAUUAUAACACAAAUUCUUCAACUGUCGCUUCAUCUUCGAUACCCCCUACGUCGUUAUCUAAGUCAAAUUCAAAUAACACUAAUCUUACUACCUUAUCAUUUAACAACACUUCUUCUAAUGUAACAGAGUCUAAUAUACUGCCAUCUCAACAACGUUUCAAAGUUUUUCCAGAAAAAUUUAUCACAAAUCGUUUUACACCCAUAGACCAGAUGAUACCAUCAUCUAUUUCCACUACUUUUAACAACAAAGACGAAGCUCAAUCUGCACUUCCACCUCAGCCCGUGUAUGCUAAUUUGCAAAUAUCACAACCUCCUUCGCAACAACGUACAAAUAGUGCCGUCAUUAUAGCAUUACAAGAAAAAUUAAAUAUACGAUGUUCACCAGUUAGUACAAGUCCACCACCGAAUAAUAACAAUAACGUGACAGUUCCAUCCGUUACUAUUGUCAAUUGUAACAAUCCAAUCAGUACUACUGAACAACCUCGUCAAGUAUUAUUUUCAAUGCCGUCUGUAUUAACAUCUUCUCCCUCUACAUCCUCCACAACGAUGACCACAACAACGGUCCAAAAUGGUUUUUCGAACGAUAAUAAACAAACGGUUCAAGAUAUCGAUACGACACGAUACGAAGAAGUACCAGCAAAAGAGCCGGAUCUUUCACGUAAACCCGAAAAAAGUGCACUGAAAAAACAAAGUGGUCUUAAACGACGAAUGAUACCUGUUUUAAGAGAAAAUCAACGACCGAGUCCACGUCCAAGUCCAAAACCUAUUGUAUUAGUUAGUAAACAUCACCACCAACAACAAGAUAAUGGCGAUCAAAAUCACAAUGGAGAUUCGGAUAGUGAUAUGGAAGACGAUGACGAUGAAAACGAUAUAAAUAAUUCAAAUAAUAACUCGAAUGAGUCUAUACCAAAACGAUUUGCUAAUGUACAACGAAAUGAUUCAUUAGCACGUUUUCUUAAAGACCGCCCCCAAGUCAUUGAACUAUAUGAAAAAAAUAUUUUAGUUAAUAAAGAUGAACGUAAAAAUGAACGUGAACGAAUCGAAACAAAAUUAGAACGAAAAUUAUCGUUACGACCGUCGCCAGAAGAGUUAGAACAACGAAAUAUUUUAAGGUUGAAAACACAAGCUGAAUUGAUUGCAGAGAAAGAAGAGAAGAAACGUUUUCUUAUUAGAAAAUUAAGUUUUAGACCAAAAUUACGUGAAAAGAAAAUUAUUCGGUUUUGUGAUUACAUCGAAGUGACAGAAGCUGAAGAAAUUGAUCGUCGUGGUGAUAAACCUUGGGUUCGUUUAACGCCGCGUGAUAAAGCAGCUAUUCGCAAAGAAUUAAAUGAAUAUAAAAGUACAGAGAUGGAAAUUCAUCCAGACAGUGCAAAAUAUACACGUUUUCAUCCUUCAUAA